UUGCCCCCCAUGUUGGAGUUGGCCUUGGAUAACCUCAAGAAUCAAACCAUCACCCCUCUAGCCACUGACCUGAGCAACGUGGUGCUGCAACAAUUGAACGCCAUGACGAUGUCAAAGAGCCCCAGUGGCAAGAACAAAGUUGGAAAUGACAAAAUAAAGCAGAGCAUGAAUAUUCUGACUGCCUGGCUGGGCCACAUGCGACGGUAUCAUCAGCAGAAGAAUAAGAACGUUCAAUUCGUUCCGGAGAUCUUGAGAGUGCUGAACAAGAGGGAACAAGCAAACCGAAACAGGAAAUGGGGAAGGAAAUCUCAGUGA